AUGCAGCUCAACACCUCUUCCUCCUGCUCCCGCUCCUGCUCCUGCUCCUGCCCUCCGCCCGUUUCUCCCGCUCUGCCGGUCACUCUGAGCUCUGCCGGCGACGCCGGCGGCUUCCUCCUGCUGAACGGGUCCGGCGACGGCUCCGCGUCGGGCGGCGGGGCUCCGUGGGCCGGCAGCGCGGCUCUCAUCUCGUCCAUCUACUCGGUGGUGUGCCUGGUGGGUCUGAGCGGGAACUCCAUGGUCAUCUACGUCAUCUUCCGGUACGCCAAGAUGAAGACGGCCACGAACCUGUACCUGCUGAACCUGGCGGUGGCGGACGAGCUGCUGAUGCUCAGCGUGCCGUUCGUGGUCACCGCCGCGCUGCUGCGCCGCUGGCCGUUCGGCGCGGCGCUGUGCCGCCUCGUGCUCAGCGUGGACGCCAUCAACAUGUUCACCAGCAUCUACUGCCUGACGGUGCUCAGCGUGGACCGCUACAUCGCCGUGGUGCACCCGCUGCGCGCGUCCCGCUACCGGCGGCCCACCGUGGCCAAGCUGGUGAACGUGUGCGUGUGGAUGUUCUCCCUGCUGGUCAUCCUUCCCAUCAUCCUCUUCUCCUCCACCGCCCCCAACUCGGACGGCUCCGUGGCCUGCAACAUGCAGAUGCCGGAGCCCGAGCGGCGCUGGAUGGCAGCCUUCGCGGUCUACGCCUUCCUCAUGGGCUUCCUCUUCCCGGUUCUGGCCAUCUGCCUGUGCUACGUGCUGAUCCUGAGUCAGCUGCGGGUGGUGGCGCUGCGGGCCGGCUGGCAGCAGCGCCGGAAGUCAGAGAGGAAGAUCACGGUGAUGGUGACGGUGGUGGUGUCGGUGUUCGUGGUGUGCUGGAUGCCCUUCCACGUGGUGCAGCUGGUGGGGGUCUUCCUGCAGCGUCACGACCCCACCCUCAGCCAGCUGGCCGUCGUCCUCGGUUACGCCAACAGCUGCGCCAACCCGCUGCUCUACGGCUUCCUGUCCGACAACUUCCGCCGCUCCUUCCAGAGGAUCCUGUGCCUGCGCUGGAUGGAGGCCCCCGAGGAGCCCCUGGACUACCUGGACUACUACAGCACGGCCCUGAAGAGCCGCAGACUCAGCCUGGACCAGGACCAGCAGGAGGGUCGGGAGCAGGACCUGGAGAACAGGACCACCACCCGUCCCCUCCAAACACCAGCACCGGGGUGUAGUCCCAAUCCCGCUGACACCUCCAAGAUUUAAAGGACCAGACUGUCUUUUUUAUGUUGUAGUCCUGCUGAAGCUCGAGGUUUACGUUCGGAGUCGGUGUCUGUACGAGUCUGCGGGACUUGGUCAGUUGGUGAUAUAGGAUGUUGUUCGUGGGCAGACGUGAACGGUCCAGGUGGACAUUCGUGCUGGGUUGAAGGGACUCUGACUCACUGGAGGACUGUAUGGACAUUUAGGCCUCAGAGGAGCCCGUGUCCUGCCUGGACUGCUACAGCAGGGCACUGAAGAGCUGCAGACUCAGCCUGGACCUGGACUUAGAGCACAGGAACAGGACCUGUCCCCGCAGGUCACACUACAGCUCCAGGAUGUAGUCUGAAUCCCAUUGACACCUCCACGGUUUAAAGGAUCAGGCUGUGUUUUUUAUGCUGUAGUCCCACUGCAGCUCAAGUUUGACUUUUUGCAUCCACAUGAGACAGGAGACGUUUGUCCCAUCAUCUGUCGAGGUCCAUGAGGGUCCACAGGGAUGUCCACAGCCAAACAUGUAUGACAUCAUGGACCAAACAUGGAUAGUGCUGGAGUUCAGUAGCACUUUAUUGAAUCUGAAUCCACUUGAAUCCCUUAUUGAAUCUCAUUAAGUUUCUUUCAUCAGUUGUCAGUUGUAAAUAAAGCUCUGUCAUCAGCUGUUGGACCAGAAGACAGAAAUCCUUCAGUUUUUAGUGGGAGCUACUAAAUUAACAUUAGUGAAGCCUAAUUAAUGCUGACGACCUGUAGCUCCAACCUGAGCCUGAACAUGAGCUGAGCAGCAGAAGAUUUGAAAUAUUGAUUACUGAUUGAUAUUGAUUGUCGUGACACACUGAAAGAACAGCUGGAACAAACUGACUUUUACACCUGAUUCUUCACAAAUUACUAGACUCGGAUACUGGCGCUCCUGAUCCAGAACUUUGAGCUUAGUGAGUUCCAGAUAUUGAUCUGAUGCAUUAAAAAGUUAAAGUGGGACUCUCCUGUAUUUAACGAGCUGCGAUCAGCUGAUCGUUUCUCUGGAGAAGAGUCUCCACUCUGUUGAACUACAAAAACAAAGGUCACUGCCGGUCAUAGAGAGAUGUUAUAGAGUGAUGUGUCUUUUCACUCUCAAACCAUCUUUGACAGAGUCCAGUCAGCGGCUUGGAGAGACCCCAAUAACCAGCAGACUAAAGUUUCACAUUAAUUAACAUUAAUCGGCUACUGCUGGUGUAAUCUACCGCCACUGAGGUCUUCGUUUAAACUGGAGAAGCUGCUGACGUUACCUGGCUGUUUUCCACAGUAAAGAGGCAGCCAACCAGGAACCGGAUCCAAGUGGAACAAUCAGAACGCAACCCUAUUCAUGGACGGAUCACAUGGACCCUGGCGGUGGACCACGUGGCUGCCGAAACUCUAAUUUGACCGUCUAUGUGGACCUCCAGGGAACCCUGCGUGUCCGGCCUUAACCUCCCAUCCUGCUGAUCGUUUUCCAGAUCAGCCAUCAGGUGUCAGAUUGUUUCUAUGAAAGUAAAAUUGCAGAGAAUAAAAAUCCAUGUUGGCUGACAUAGUUGGCAGUUUUCUCUUGAUAUGCAGCACUGAAGCUGAAAUAAUAAGGGACCAACGGUGGUUCCUGCUGCCUUGAUCUUGUGGAGGGGACCUGCAUCAAAAUCUAGUCUUCUAACCUUUAUUCGUUCGGUUCAUACUGUGCUCACAUGGUGCCCGUUCCUAAGUCAAUCUAUAGCACUUUUCACAAGGUUUAGCCACUAAAAGUGAAGUCAGGAUUUUCUUUCAAAAUAAAGCCAUGAAAAGUUUUUAUUUUUCAGUGAACUUCAUCCAAAGUGCAGUAAA